ACCUGUUUUUUUUUUUCUGUCCUGCUCAUGAUAGCCCAGUCCAGCCAGCGUUUCACGUCUUCUCAGUUGUUCUUAUAGCGCUGUGGAACAUCCUCGAUUGGAUUAUAUUUGCGGACGAGAACAGCGAAAUGGCCAAAGAUGUGGAAAAAGUGGCUAAAGAUCUGCGACAAAAUAUGGCCCGACUAGCCGAGGCAGAAGAGAAGGCGAAAAAAUGUAUUGACCUCCUUGAAACUGCGAGGCAUGACGGCAGAUCACGUUUUUACAAAUUCUUCCUCGACUUUAAACAGCGAACGCAUUUUAGUUUUCUCAAUGAGAUGUUAGAAAAGGUCGAAGAUAACGUGGGUGACAUGCACAAGAACUAUAUGAAAACAAAGGCACUGUACAACGACCUUUUGUACGAGUCAGGAAGACCCAACUUCGAUCUAUACAGCUGGAUGUCAAAUAAUGAGGACGCUCUAAAUGAGGUCAAAGGUGCCUCUAAUCGCAUCAUUGCUGACUACGAAGAUUGGAUGAAACAGACUGCCCUGGACAAAUUAAAAGGGCUAAUAAGGCCCGAAUUUCAGGCUGCUAGGUAUCCUACGGUUCCUGAAGCUGCAGUCAGAUAUAGUAAAAAGGUAAAGCCUGUCGAGUCGCAAAUUAGUUUUCCGGAAAUUACUUUCGCGUUUAUCGUGCCAUUUAUAGGUUCGGCACUCACGACGUUUAUGGGCUACGACUUGCUUAAGCGAACCUUAGGUGCUCACGAUCCUCACAUCCUUGGCAAGCUAGCAUCGGCGCGGCCAACAGCGCAUUCGCAAGCAGCGGCCAACUCCUUGGGAUAUAGGUACAGCGGAUCUCCAUCAGUGGGUCCGUCGGCGCAUGGCUGUCCAUCGGCGCAUGGUCAAGCCCCAGGUUUGAAUCAUGCCGAAAUUGGUCGGCAACGGUUCUACGAUGGUGCUCAUUCGUAUGGCCGACAAUGGUACCAUUCUCCGUCGGUAUUCUACGGCCAGAAUCCUUAUAUUUGAAUGAUCUUACAAUUAAACAACGUAGUUGAGCUC